AUGGCAAACGAGACAAUGCCUCUGGUACCUGCCAAGAGCUCGAAAAAACUUAAAACACCCCUUCCAAAACUUCAGAUAGGCAUACUCAUAUCGCUGCACCUUGUGGAACCCAUCGCCUCGACAUCUAUAUUCCCGUACAUCAAUCAGCUGAUCAGAGAACUCGGAAUCACUGGGGGCGACGAUGCAGCUGUAGGAUAUUAUGCUGGAAUCAUUGAAUCUCUGUUUUUUGCUGUGCAGGCACUGACGGUGCUGAGGCGGGGUAGGCUGUCUGACCGCAUUGGGUGCAAGCCGGUGUUGGUGAUUGGACUCUCGGGUGCUUGCAUUUCAAUGCUAUGUUUUGGCCUCUCAACAACAUUCUGGGGUCUUGUCAUUAGCUGCUGCAUGUGUGGUUUUCUAAAUGGCAAUGUGGGGGUUAUGAAGACUAUGAUGGGGGAAUUGACGGACUCUACGAAUAUGGCUCAGGCAUUUGCCUUGUUUCCAAUUGUCUGGUGCAUUGGAGGUUUUACCGGGUAA